AUGGGUGAAGAGAUGCAGGCAAUCGUAAGAGCCGCAGAAUUGCGCCCUCCUCUCGAUGCACCCGGCUGCUAUGCUAAAUUUGUUCAGAGCAUUGAUAACUAUCUUAAAUCGAUGUCCGACCCAGCUGUAGAGCACGAAGCGUUUUUGAACAUGCGGCAGCUAGAUGGGGAAUCAAUCGUUCGGUUCCAUGCACGCUUAGUGGAGAAAGUUCGUCUGUGUGAAUACAGUCCGUCAGACCAGUCACGAUUCGUUCAACUUCAGCUUCUGAAGGGCAUGCGAAACCAGGAACUGGCGAAAUAUGCGAGGAUGUACGGUCACGACACACUUUACGUCGUGCAAGCAGCGACACGUAACGAGGCGUACGAAACUGGAUUGCAGCCGGGUCCCUCAUCUGGUACUGCUGCAACCAUGGUUAUGGAGAGAACGACCAAAAAGUUCAAUCGUCCAAUGAACAGAGGCACUGGAUUCAAGCGAGACAGAAACCCAGCAUUUGCUCCCGGCGGAGCAAUGCGUAAGCGCCGCAAUCCCAGCACACAAGACGUGUGUAAACAGUGUGGUCGUUCAGCCCACAAAGAACUCGCCAGGUGCCCGGCCAAUAACCGCUCAUGUAACUCCUGUAUGAAACGUGGCCACUUUGCAGCGGUGUGUCCAACGAAGCGUGUCAUCAGCAUCGAUGAAGUCCAUCAAAUAUCACCGGAAGCCACAAUGGUUGACCCCAACAUGCAGAAACACGAGUCUUUACGAAUAAUUUCCUACCAAGAUGCACUGGUAACCUGCCGUAUAGGGGCAGCAGCGAUCGAAUUUUUGAUUGACUCAGGGUCUGACGUCAAUGUCAUAGGCGACUACGACUGGGAGCAUUUAAAGAGCGAUUGGGAAAAUGGUCACGCUGAUAUCGAGUUUUUGAGUAAUGACCCAUGCUUCAAUCUGUGUCCAAUCUACGAAUUCACGCUUAUGCUGCUAAAGAAUCGAUGA